AACACAAUGACCGUUAUUGCAGUUACCCAAUCCAAAGCUGCACAACUGCACACCAUCUCUCGUACUUCUCCCCGCAUACCGUUUUGAAAUACGGUGUCGUCGGCAAAUUUCAUUCCGAUGUCAGGGUGCUUUCGCCGUAAGAGCAGCUCAUUACAAAAUAAUGAUCUGCUAAUGACAGUCGAAGAACAUUCAUACCAGCAACUGUGAUAGUUGCGUGAAGGUAGUGCAUCAAUGAAUCGCUUAACACGAGAGGAAGUUCCCCGAGGAUCCGCCUUGAGUGGUUGAUAGAUUUGCAGAACUUAUCAAAGCUCAUCGUGAAGUUGUUUGAUGGUGCGAGGGUUAUAGGAACGAAAGUAUAUCAAAGUCAACAUAAUGUGCAACAGCUGGAGCUUAGCACAAUUGAUUUCCUGCGGGCAUUGAAAAAGACAUGGCAUGCCUCGCUCAGAUAGAUCAAGCAAAAAUGGCAGCCGCGGAGUUCGGAGUGGGAGGAUAUUGGAAGGAUCCCAAUUACCAGCGUGGCACAUGUGUAAACACGCUGCGCGAUGCUCUGCGCUCUUGGGCUAAGGAAGUCUCACGAAUGAAGAAGAGGGACGCAGAUUUGUCCACGUCCAUUCAGAACUGUGCUCGGCUGGAGCAAAAUUUCAUCGCUGUGCAGAAUUGUGGCAUUGACCCAGACACAUUUCAGUGCACCCAUUGCAAGCCUUCUGGGGGCGGCAGAGAGCAUUAUGGCGGUGGAGGAGAUGCACUCGUUCAUGGCGGAGAGGAAUCGGGCGGCGCUGGACGCGUCGUUCCUGCUGUUCGGAGCGAAGGGCAUCAUCAAGGCCCCGGAGAUGUGUGUGGGGUGCGUAUUACCUCAACAGCGGCGCGUUGGCAGUUCAGACAAACCCGCCGUAGUAGUGAAGACCAUGUCCGACGGGUGGCAACCGAGGUGGCCUGGCGACCUCGGCGAUCCCUUCGAGCCCUACACUUGUUGAUGGUGGUGGUGGGAUGUGGAGGCAUGCAGCAACUGUUGGAGCAGUACCUGCACAGCGCCGUCUCCUAUCAUGCCAAAGCAUUGGAGCAGUUCAGUGGUGCCUUUGCAGCUAUGAAGCGCGCCAGCAAACAAGCACGAGAUGUGGCAUACAUCCACACUCUUGCUGCUGCUGCUGGCUUGUCUGUCAAAGAAUACCAACGCCUUCUUGAAAUGUUCAACCGCAUUGAUCAAUGCAAGAUUGGGACAAUAAGCAAACAACAACUUAUGGCUGCAAUGAAGCGUGACAAAGAUAUUGCAGCAUUCAUGCAGCUAUCCAGGGCCAAGCAGAAGGAUGGAAGGAGAGAGUCAUUUGAGGGGGUAUUCAAUCGGAUAGACUGCGAGGGAGGGGGAGCUGUGACUUGGGAGGCAUUUCUGCACUUCUUCUCCAGUGAAAGAUCCCUCAUGACGGAUUCCGCCUUGAAUCCAAUGUGUGUGCAGCCAAUGUGCAACCAACCAUUGUGUGUCCAGGCUGCAAUGUGUGGCGGCCCUCCACCCCCCUUGUUCCCUCCCUCCUCCCUUUGUAAACUUGGACCAUGCUAGCCCAUUCACCAUUUUUUCUACAUAUUUAUCAAAACCAUAAAUAUUCUGCACAAAUGAAAUCUAUAAAUAUGUAUAUAUAUAUAUAUAUAUAUAUAUGUACAAUUUAAAUACGGAUUUUUUAAAAUGGUAUUUUCUAUUCAUUGGACUUGCUACAAUGAAUAUAACCUAAAUGAAAUCUUAGAUGAGUGUGUUGGCUCACUGAAUAUCU